AUGCGGUCCGAGCUGGGCGUGGAGGACCUCGGAAAGGUCUUCGCGGAGAUCUCGGAGGAGCCCGUGGCUGCGGCAUCCCUGGCGCAGGUGUACAAGGGCAAGCUGCUCGACGGGACGGAGGUGGCCAUUAAGGUCCAGAGGCCGAAUGCGCUCCCGACCAUCAGCAAAGACCUGUAUGUCAUGCGCAAGGCUGCUGGCGUGGUCACCGAGCUUUCCAACACUUUGACCGCGACGACGACGGACUUCAAAGCACUGGUGGAGACAUUCGGCGAGGGGCUCUACACGGAGCUCGACUUCCGCAACGAGGCAUUCAAUCAAAUCAAGAUGGCCGAAUACAUCGCGAACACGCCCAAUUGCAAGGGCGUCAUCGUGCCCAACGUCUUCCUGGAGCAUACAACUAGGCGUGUCCUCGUGUCCCAGUGGAUCGACGGGACGAAGCUGUCGGAGCUGCCCGCAGACCGCAUCAAAGCCGGCAUCAAGGAUGCCCAGGAGGUUUUCCUGAAUCAGUUGCUCGCCUGGGGUUUCUUUCACGGGGACCCUCACCCAGGCAAUCUCCUGUACGUCAACAGCGGCCCCGACGAGGGGAAGCUGGUGCUCCUGGACUUCGGCCUCGUCGCACAGAUUCCGGAGAAAGAGCGGGACAACAUCGUGAGUGCCGUGAUCCAUCUGGGCACCCAAAACUGGGACGGCCUGGUUGACGACCUGAUCGCCCUGGAGUUCCUCGCGCCGGACUGCGACCGCGCCACCGUCACCCCCCCGAUCGUGCGGGUGCUGCGCCAGUACCUCAAGGGCGGCGGGGCCCAGGCCAUGAACUUCUCCGCCCUGGGCCAGGACAUCCUCACGCUGACCACCUCCAUCCCCUUCUCCAUCCCGCCGUACGUGUCGCUGCUGGCCAGGUCGGUGGUGACCCUGGAGGGGAUCGCGCUGAAGGGCGACCCGAGCUAUCAGCUCGUCGGGGAGGCCUAUCCCUACAUGGUCCGCAAGCUGCUGGAGCGCAGCGGCGCCGGCAACGCCCAGCUGACGACGGCCCUGCGCGGGCUGCUGCUCGGCGCCGACGGCCGCGUGCAGCCCGUGCGCCUCUCCGCGCUGCUGCAGGCCGCCGUGGGGGUGGCGGCCGCCGAGAGCGACCGGUCGGGCUUCAUCGACUUCGACGCGGUGCCAGAGGACGGCGCAGAUGCCGACACGCUGGUCGCCUUCCUGCUGUCCCCCGAGGGGCGGAGCGUGAAGCCCCUCAUCGUCAAGGAGCUCGCGGCGACCAUCGACCUCGUGAUCCGGUCGGCCACGCGGGCGGGCUUCCUCCGGUUCAAGGAGGCCCUGAAGCCGCCGCUGCCCUUCGCGCCCACGCCCCCGCUGCCGCCCAUCCCGCUGCUGACGCCCCGCGGCCCGAAGCUGAUGUCCCCGGACGACCUGCUCGACAUCAUCCAGCCGAAGCUCGGGCGCGACGAGGAGAUCUACCUGCAGACGAACGCCCAGGUCUUCCUCGGGCUCCUUGGCGUCCAGGUGGACCCCAACAAGGGCCUGGACCUGUCGGUGUCCCCGCAGCGGGUCCUCGAGGUGAUCGGGGCGCUGGCCGGGCAGCGGGACGCCGAGGUGCAGAAGGCGGUGGAGCAGCUCCUGUCCAAGGGCAGCGGCCGCGCGCUCCUCACGGAGUGGUGGGGCGACGUGUCGAAGAGCCUGCGGGAUGCCUCGAGCCAGCGGAUCGCGAGGGUCUGAGGCGGUCGCCUGAGGCACAGCGGCCUCUUUUUUGGGGGCCGGUCGAGCACAACCCCUGCGGAGAGGUCCACGUGGAGGCCCAGGGUCGGCGCCGGGUCGGCCCUGGCGGCCUCCUCGGGCGUGUCCCUCUACGGGGGGAAUUUUUUUUUUCCCGCAUUUCUCCCAAAAUCCGCCUGUGGGAGGACAUGCCCGACCGAACCCUGGCGGCCUCGGGCGACGCCCCCAGUGCGCCUCGUGCUCCGGGGCCCAGCGCCAGCCCGCGCGGGCCCCCGCAGACCUCUGGCCGUGCCGUGGCCUGUUCUGCCGGUCGUGGCGGCGCUGGCGAGCCUGCGCCUCAUCGGGCGGGCGCGCCGCGCCUCGCUCAGUCCGUCACAGUUUUCAGCGGCCAGCGGCGUGCUCACACGCAGGCGGGCCCCCAGUCUUCGCGCGACGAGUGCGGCGGCAUUUCUUCCGAACGCGCACGUCAGCGGUCGCAGUACCACCACUAGUUCCUUC